AUGCUUAUAAAUGUUGUAUUAAUUAUAUUGUUAGUGGGCUUGAACGGAAAAGCCAGUGGACAAAAUCAAGGACUAUGCAGCCCAGAUGAAAAUGCAUCCGGCGCCGACAGCAGUGAUACUCAGGAUGAAUUUAGCUUCAAUAUUCUACGAAAGAUAAAGAAGGCCUUGGCCAGCAAUCAGCCGUGCAGCAGCGAUGCCAAUGAUGCCAACUGCUCUUGCCACGCGGCGGUUAUCAAGAGCGACCUGGCUCCCUACAAGGCAACAGGUGUCAGCCGCCAGAUGAUCGAGAGCUCCGCCCGGUACGGCACACGAUACAAAAUAUACGAGAAGCGGCUGUACCGCGAAGAGAACUGCAUGUUCCCAGCUCGCUGCCAGGGCAUCGAACACUUUUUGUUGCCGCUGGUGGCCACGCUGCCCGACAUGGAUCUGGUGAUCAAUACGCGCGACUAUCCCCAGAUAAAUAUGGCCUGGGGCAAUGGCGCACAGGGACCAAUUCUCUCCUUCUCCAAGACGAAGGACCAUCGUGACAUCAUGUAUCCCGCGUGGACCUUUUGGGCAGGCGGCCCGGCCACCAAACUCCAUCCCCGCGGUAUUGGGCGGUGGGAUCUGAUGCGGGAAAAGCUGGAGAAACGGGCGGCAGCCAUACCCUGGUCGCAGAAGCGCGAGCUUGGCUUCUUUCGCGGUUCCCGCACUUCAGACGAGCGUGAUUCGUUGAUCCUGCUGUCGCGGCGCAAUCCCGAGCUGGUGGAAGCGCAGUACACAAAGAAUCAGGGCUGGAAGUCGCCCAAGGACACGCUGGAUGCCCCGCCCGCCGGCGAGGUGUCCUUCGAGGAUCACUGCAAGUACAAGUAUCUCUUCAAUUUCCGUGGCGUGGCGGCCAGCUUUCGGCUGAAGCAUUUGUUCCUGUGCCAGUCGCUGGUCUUCCACGUGGGCGACGAGUGGCAGGAGUUCUUCUACGACCAGCUCAAGCCCUGGGUGCACUAUGUGCCCCUCAAGAAUUACCCCAGCCAGCAGGAGUACGAGGAACUGCUCACGUUCUUCAGGAAAAACGAUGCACUAGCCCAGGAGAUAGCACAACGUGGCCGGGACUUUAUCUGGCAGCAUCUGCGCAUGAAGGACAUCAAGUGCUACUGGCGAAGGCUGCUCAAGAGCUACGUGAAGCUCCUUACCUACGAAGUGCAGCCAGAGGAUCAGCUUAUACACAUUCAACCAGCCAAGGACGAGCUGUAGUUUCGUAAUCAAAUGAGAUUCUUAGGGCUUAGGGCUCUACAUGUCGAAUAUAUUUAUGUUUUAAGAAA